AUGGACGGAGUAGACGAUAUCCUAAAUGAAAAUCAAGUUCCCGACGAAGAGGAGGAUGAAGACGAGGAAUUGGACGAGGAAAUGGUAGAUUUAGCUGGUAGAGAUGAGGGCCAUGAUCGAGACCCCGGCGGCGAUUCAGACGAGCAAGACAACCAGGACGACCAGGAUGAUUAUCCAGAGCAAAGUCAAGACCAAGAUCAGGACGAUGACGAUGAUGACAUGGACGGUGAUGACGACGACAAUGACGACAACGACGAUAUGGACGACGACAACGACAAUGGAGACUUAGAGUCGCGCAGAAGCGGCAACACGAGAGAAAGCGAUGGAGAACGGGACGAGGAGGACGAAAAGCGAGAAAGUGAUGAGACCAAGCGUGACAAAAAUUCAUUUUCGGACGAUUCAAGACCAGAAACUGGUGUCACCGUCGAAACCCAGCCUCAAGCACGCAAACCCACCUCUGCGUUCGACAAAAUUCACGAAUACUACACGCAACUUUACAACUCUGCUAAGCUUGCAGAUUUUUACUCGAUAUAUCCGACGGCCGCGAUUCCCAUUCAGACUCACGUCCACAGCAUAGCCAUGUCCAAAGGACUCAAAUAUUUGUUUUUGGGUGGUGAAGACGGGUUCAUAAGAAAGUAUGAUUUUCUAAACACCAUUGAAGGCAAGCUUUCGCUCACAAUUCUUCAAAAACACUCGCUGGUUGAGUCCAUAUCCAAUGCUGGAAUCUUACUGUCAUAUUGGGAAAACGAGGUUCCUCAAACCCGCAACGAUAUCAAGCUGGUUAAAUCGGGCAAAGAAUACGAACCGGUUGUGUCACCCGUGCACGCGUUGGAAGUUCAAAAUGAAUGCAUGUUUGUCUUGGGCGGACUCGAAAAUGGUGGAAUCACAAUGCAAGGCUGCCGAUUCAUGGAGGGACACAUCGCUCACCUUUUCCAGAAACACACUAGUACGGUCAAUCAGCUGAAGCUCAAUAACGAUGAAAGCCGUUUCUUGAGUGGCAGUUGGGAUAAGCAAAUCUUUGAGUGGGACUUACAAACUGGACACUACAUCAACGACUUUAAGGGCUCGACAGCACAGAUAUCUUCUCUAGAGUUCAGACCGCUUUAUUCUAGUGUGCAGAUCGGUGAAAAGGCCGAUUUACACGACGAACUAGAAGAAGAAUCGGGACCAAAAAGAGAGGAUGAUGAUCUUGAUUCAUUGUUCGGUGAUAAAGAGGAGGAAGAAAGACGCAAAACUUUAGACAGCAGUCAAGUAGACAUAAAGAUGUCGGACGCUGAAAAAUCUAAAGAUACGCCAGUCGACGAAAUUUCAAAAUCAACUCUCAAAACUGUCCUCGACGAGAAUGUGUUCUUAGCGUCUUGCACAAACGGUGCUAUUCAGGUGUGGGAUCGCAGAAUUUCAACAAAGCCAGCCCUGAGCUUAGCAAGAGGUCCCCAAGUACCUCCUUGGUGUAUGUCAGCAUGUUGGUCAAGUGACGGAGAUCGAAUUUACGCAGGAAGAAGAAAUGCAGUUGUGGAAGAGUUCGAUCUUAAAAUGGGCAAAACUCCGUCUAAGAUCCUGAAGUUUCCAACCAUAUCAGGGCCGGUGUCAUGCGUCCGUGCAAUGCCUAAUAAUAAACAUGUUCUAUGCGCUUCCAAUGACAACAUUAGAAUGUACGACGUUUCUCAGUAUGCCUCGUCAAAGGUACCGUUCUUGAUCGUCCCAGGACAUCAUGGAGGAAUGAUCUCCAAUUUGUACGUCGAUCCUACGUGCCGAUUUUUGAUAAGUACCAGUGGUGAUAAAGGAUGGCAAGGGGUUUCGACGGAUGCUACGCUGAUCUACGAUAUAGACGUAGAAUAG